AUGGACUUUAGCUGGUGAUUGCUAAACUACAUUUUGGGAUGACUGAUCACAUCAAUCACCUUUGUGGUUUAUAUAAUCUGUGGCUCAAUCCACUGGGAAAUCAUUAGCCACAUUUCAGUCAACUGAACACAUCCCUUGUGUUCCCUCAUUCUCAAGACAACUUAAAACGAUACCACUGUAUCCACUAGACCUCUGUGUGUGUGCUUAGUCGCUCGGUCAUGUCUGACUCUUUGUGACCCCAUGGACUGUAGCCCGCCAGGGUCCUCUGUCCAUGAGGAUUCACCAGGCCAGCUUCACCUUGUUGCACCUUUUCCUGGAGCUGCACCGAAUUACUCGGUUCACAGCUGUCCACCCUCGAGAACUCAGAUCUGCCUGGAAGAUGAACGGCUGAAUGAUAAACAGGUGGAUGGGUCAGAGGGAUGCAGGUUCCUCAAGAUUCAUAGAGGAACAAUAGGAAGGACCAAGGACAAGAAGUACUGCUCCCCUGAAGAGAAAGUCUCUAAUGGCUACAGAUGGGGCUCAAGAACAAGGAGAAGCAAUUGCAACCAGGAUGUCUUGUGGAUAAGAGGAAGGAAAUGGAUGUGCAGAGGACGUAAAGUGGGUUGUUCAACAUCACAAAGAGUUACGCCAAUGGAGUUAAAGAUCAGCAAACUCAUUGCCAAAUCGUGGCUGGACAAACGUACCUUUAUGAACUCAUUUUUGUUCUGCUCUAAUACGAUCACUUUGCCAAAGCAGCAUGAGAAUAAGAGGAUCAUUUGCUACUUUCACAGGCCUUCAGGCGAACGGAGUCAAGUGAGAAUUACACACAGCUUAUAUAAGGAGUCCGUCCAGUUUCCGGGUAGGCUGAGGAGAUGUGCACAUAUGUUGUGUGAUUGUAGAGAUACAAAAAAUGUCUCUGUUCUGUAUCCCCUGAACUGCUGUUGUUAAGUUUAGACGGCUUCAACAAGAUGAACUAUUCUGAGACAACUUUUUCUAAUACUGUCCAUUGUUCAUCAACUAGUGGAAGGCUCCAUCCCCCACCCCACCCGAUCCCACCCAAUUUACCUUGUCUGAUUUUAUCUACCCCCAGCUCUCAGUAUACAUGUUCUCUCUUCACCAGGUCUUCUCUAAUGCCUCGGCUGUGAACACUAGCAAAGAAUGAGUUUUACAUUUUUAAAUAGUUGGAAAAAAGUUCAAAAGAUCAUUGAAUGACAUAUGAAAAGGAUAAGAAAUUCGAAGUUCCGUGCCUGUAAACCGUCUUCUUAGAAAACACCAUUUGUUUAUACAGUAUCUCAAACCACUUUUACUAUCUUUCGGCAGAAUUGUGUAGCUGUCGUAUUCUGUGUGGCACCAGAGCCUAAAAUAUUUACCAUCUGGCCCUUUACAAAAAGAAAAUGUUUACUGGCCUUUGCCCUAGACUUCUUAAUCAAGUAAACUGAUGUCCUUAAGUGCCCAUAGAACUCUGAUGGCUAAAUACAGCUUCUCUCAGGAAAUUUAAGCUUCAUGGGACAAGCUUAUAUUGCUCAACGUAGAAUUUCCAGCACCUACAAGAGAUGCUAGACCAUACAGUAAGUAUUAAUAAUGAGAUGUCAAAUUAUUAACCUCCCUUUUAGAAUGUUUUCUUCUACAAAUGACUUUGUAGAUAAUAUGAUUCAUACUGAGUUCCUCCUUUAUCAGUCAGUUCAACAGUAUUUUGCAAGUAACUCUGAUCCUGGUUAAACCAAACAAACAAACCAUGGAUAAGAAAGGGAGGCAGUCAUUAAGCAAAAGCCAUUGCCUAGAGGGGAUCCAUUUUAUUUCUUAUCAUUGAUCAAGUAAAGGUUAAUAUCAGUUAUAGAAUUUUUUCACUUAUUCCAACCACCCUUAUUUUAGGACUGAAGGGAGAACCAGAACUUAGUGUUAAAAUUUAUUUCUGGCUAUCUGGGGAAAUCUUCUAAUAAAAAUACUGUUUUAGGUUUUAAUAACUGUAGAAAUGGCAACUUUUCUAGAUUCUUGACAUUGUUAAGAUGCUCAUGAAAGAAAAUGCAUGUUUUCAGUCUAUAACUAACUUGUAGGUGGUGAAGUGGUCACAAACCAUGAAAUCUAAAAGGGACAGACAUUAACUGUAUUAGCCUGCUUGGGCUGCCAUAGCAAAGAAACACAGAUCAGGUGGCUUAAAUAACAGAAAUAUCUUCUCCCAGUUCUGGAGGCUGGAUCUCUGAGGUCAACAUGUCUGCAGAGUUGAUUUCUUCUGAGGCCUUUCCUGACCUUGUAGAUGACCUUGUGUCUUCACAUGGGCUUUCCUCAACACUUGUCUACAUUCUGUCCUUCUCUUCUUAUAAGAAUACUGACCAUAUUGGAUCGAGGCCCACCAUAAUGACAUUUAGUCUUAAUUACUCUUUAAUAACCUGGUCACUUAGAUGGUAAAGAAUCUGCCUGUAAUGCAGGAGACCCAGGUUCGAUCCCUGAGUUGGGAAGAUGCCCUAGAGAAGGAAUGGCUACCCACUCCAGUAUUCUUGCCUGGAGAAUCCCAUGGACAGAGGAGCCUAGUGAGCUAUAGUCUGUGGGGUCGCAGAGAGUCAGACAUGACUGAGCAAUAACACCUUCACUUGCAAUCCGUCUUCAAGUACACGUCACAUUCUGAUGUACUGAAGGUUAAGUGAAGUGAAAGUCACUCAGUUGUGUUUGACUCUUUGCCACCCCAUAACUGUACAGCCCAUGGAAUUCUCCAGGCCAGAAUACUGGAGUGGGUAGCCUUUCCCUUCUCCAGGGGAUCUUCCCAACUCAGGGAUGAAACCCAGGUCUCCCACAUUGCAGGCAGAUUCUUUACCAUCUGAGCCACCAGGGAAGCCCUAAGUGAAGGUUAAGACUUCAACAAAUGGAUUUGAGGGGAACACAGUUCAGCCCAUAAUCCCAACUAAAAUGUUCAAGGAAAUUUCAGUCCACUGCUAUGUCUAAAUUCUACUACUUGAGAUAGAAACUUCUAUCCUCUCCAGUGAAAAAAGAAAUAUAUCUUAGGUCUUGAUGUGAAAUCGGAGAAGACAAUGGCACCCCACUCCAGUACUCUUGCCUGGAAAAUCUCAUGGAUGGAGGAGCCU